CAAUGAGUAAUUACGGAACUCUGGCUUUCAAGCCUGUUUUUUAUGCCUCCCAGGAAUUUAAGCGUCAGAGGACUGUCAGAUGUUCUGGUUCUCCUGAUUUUUUGGAUUGGAAGACCGUUGCCUUGCCUUAUAUGGGUCGUCAGAACUUGAAUUAUGGCCGGUUUGCCUACCAGGACGUUUCUAGUGAUGAUUCCGACCGCGAACUUGGCUCGGCAUCCCAGCAGUCAUUGAGUGGUUCCACCCUUGAUAACAUUGAUGACUGGAGAUGGAAGUUAACUAUGUUACUUCGUAACAAAGAUGAGCAAGAAAUUGUCUCGAGGGAGAAAAAGGACAGGCGUGAUUUUGAUCAUCUUUCAGCAUUGGCAACUCGAAUGGGUUUGCAUAGUCGUCAAUAUUCAAAAGUUGUUGUCUUCAGUAAGGCCCCUUUGCCAAAUUAUAGACAUGAUCUGGAUGACAAGCGUCCUCAGAGAGAGGUAAUUUUGCCUUUUGGAUUGCAGAGAGAAUUGGAUGCCCAUCUCAAUGCUUACCUUUCCAAAAGUUCCAAGAACAGGGGAAACAUUUCUGGUAAUUCCUUGACAAGAUCAAAUAGUGGGGUAAGUACGUCUACUGCUGAAGGACUGAAUGAGCAGGCAGAUACCUUGAUACGGAACAAUGUUGUGAUGGGGAAAAUUCUCCAGCGUCAAAGUUUGCAACUACUAAAUAAGCAAAAAGAAUGGCAGGAAUCUCGUGAGGGUCAAAAGAUGGCUGAAUUUCGUCGAAGUCUUCCUGCAUAUAAAGAAAGGGAUGCCUUACUAAAAGCCAUUUCUGAAAAUCAGGUGGUUGUUGUCUCGGGUGAAACUGGUUGUGGUAAAACCACACAACUCCCACAAUAUAUACUAGAAUCUGAGAUUGAAGCUGCUCGUGGUGCUGCAUGUAGUAUUAUAUGUACGCAGCCUAGAAGAAUAUCUGCAAUGUCUGUUUCUGAAAGAGUUGCUGCAGAACGAGGGGAGAAACUGGGAGAAUCAGUUGGUUAUAAAGUCCGGCUAGAAGGAAUGAAGGGGAGGGACACUCGCCUUCUAUUUUGCACUACUGGCAUAUUAUUGAGGAGAUUACUUGUUGACGGAAAUUUAAGUGGUGUAACUCAUGUCAUUGUUGAUGAGAUUCAUGAACGAGGAAUGAAUGAAGAUUUCCUUCUUAUUGUCCUGAGAGAUCUCCUUCCUCGUCGACCAGAGUUGAGGUUGAUUCUGAUGAGUGCAACCUUAAAUGCUGAGCUUUUCUCUUCUUACUUUGGUGGUGCUCCAACGCUUCAUAUUCCUGGUUUUACUUAUCCAGUGAGAGCACAUUUCUUAGAGGAUAUUUUGGAAAGGACUGGAUACCGGUUGACUCCAUAUAACCAAAUUGAUGAUUAUGGUCAAGAAAAGGCUUGGAAAAUGCAAAAACAAGGUCAAGCCUUCAGAAAGAGGAAGAGCCAGAUUGCUUCUUCUGUUGAGGAUGCACUUGAAGCUGCUAACUUUAAUGGCUAUAGCCUACGUACCCAGGAGUCUUUGAACUCUUGGAAUCCUGACUCUAUUGGUUUUAACCUCAUUGAGCAUGUGCUUUGUCACAUAGUAAAGAAAGAGAGGCCUGGUGCUGUCUUAGUUUUUAUGACUGGUUGGGAUGACAUUAAUUCUUUGAAGGAUCAGCUACAAACUCAUCCCAUCUUGGGUGAUCCCAGCAAAGUAUUGCUGCUUGCAUGCCAUGGUUCUAUGGCCAGCACUGAGCAGAGAUUAAUAUUUGAUAAGCCUGAAGAUGGAGUGCGAAAAAUUGUUCUGGCUACUAACAUGGCUGAGACUAGUAUUACCAUCAAUGAUGUGGUCUUUGUUGUUGACUGCGGGAAGGCAAAAGAAACAUCAUAUGAUGCACUAAACAACACUCCUUGUUUGCUUCCAUCAUGGAUCUCAAAGGCAGCAGCUAGGCAA